AUGGCGGAAACACGGUACCAGGUGCCGACAACAGGUAUUGAAACCUACCUCACUCACCCCAUCCUCGAAUACGAGCACCGUCACUCGGGAAGAUUAAAGUACGCCUCCCCGCGGGAUCUCCCCAGCUUCCCGUCCCCUGGACUACCGCCUGACGGAGCUGCUGCCGGAGCCGCCGCGUCACUAGGCUGGGCCAACCAAAAAUCCAUCCAACUCUGGAAACCCGAAAAGUCCAACUCUGCAUCUACAGCCGCCAUGCUCGCAAAGGAUUACAAGAUGCCGCCUACUUGGGAACCCAAUUCGAGUUCCGCCGGCGCCAAGGCUGCUCUUGUAGCCUCCGCGUCAGCAAGGAAGCAGGCGGCCUCCCAAAUGACACCCCAGUCCGCUCACGGAUCUUGGGGAAGCAGCGCUGCUAACCAGGCUUUCAAACAAAGCCGCGCUGUGAAACAACCCGCUCAUAAGACCUCGACGGGUGGCCUGGGCUCUCUUUUGGCAGCCCAAAGUGCCAUGCCGGCAACAGCUCGAACGAGGCCACGAGCCAAGUCAACGCCGGUCCCCAAGGAGUCUUACCCUGGAGAGUCCCGAGCUGCUGCCAAUGCCUUGAGUGCUGCCACUGCAGCUCAUGACCCUUCAACAAAGCCAAAGUCCCCAACCGACACCGCCGGCUCUGUUCCCUACACUAAUUUGCCUCGCAAGAUGUUUACCUCAUCUCCCGCUAUUGGUCCGGAAGCAGACGAGCAGAAGAGAGCCGAUAUGCUGCACGCCUCCGCUGUAGCCAUGGCCAGGCAAAUGUAUAGCCACCAGCAAAAGAUGGUUGACCAAGCGCGUCAGGCCCAACAGGACUCGGGGGAGGCCGUCUCAGACGACAAUCAACCGAAGCCUUAUGUAAACCUACAGGAAGCAGCGUACAAGCUGGCCCAGGAACGUUUGUCGAAGUUACACGAGGAGCACCAGCGCAACCGAGACUACCAGGAAUACUACGGCAACGGCAAACCACCUCAACCUCAAAGGAGGUUUACUAUGAAGGGGAAAUUGAGGCGGCGGUCUUCUAGCGAUGGCGAUAUCAACGACGAUAGGGAGCAGUCUGAGCGCAUCCGAAGACAGAUGUCCAUCUUCUCUUCCAACUUGACAAAGGUUGACGAGCAAAAGCGGACCAAGGACCGUGAGGCAUUGCUGGCUGCCGCGCAAAGGAACGUCAGAGCUCGUCUUCAGGGCAUGGAUGACAAGAUCUCGGCCGAGACCGGCAUGGUGCCGCCAAGCUCCAAGAGCGAUUGGGAGGCCAAAGCCCAGAUGGCUGCGUUGGCCCGACACGAGUCUGCCAAUGUUAACAGGGGCAAGAUCGACAUUGGUGGCGGCAUGUUCAUGGAUCCCGCCGCUGUCGACGAGAUCGCGACGAGGAGAGUGCAGCCGGUGCUUGAUGAGAUCAACGAGAAGGCCGCCAUUGAGCGAGAACGACAAGAGCUGCUCAAGGCGGAGGCAGAGGCCAAGAAGAGGGAUGAGGCGAAGCAAAAGGAGCGCGACAGAGAGAUCAAGGAGCUCAACCGCAAGGUCAUGGAGCAGGAAAAACAGGAAGAAAAGGAGAGGAGGCAUCGAGAGAAGAAAGAACUCAAGGCCAAAAAGGACGAAGAAAAGGCUGCAAGGGCGGAAGAGAAGCGCAAGUCAAAAGGCCCGGAAACUCUGCCCGAUGAAUCCCCUGCCGCAGGCGAAUCCAGCGAGACGUCUCCCACAGUUGAUGGCCCGGGCACUUCCGUCUCUCGCCGUGCGAGCCAGGGCAAGCCUACCGUCAACACUCAGCGAGAAGCCUCCAACAGCGACAACCCCCGUUCGCCGAGCGAGAGUGGGUCGCCAACCAACAAGAUGAAGGAGUGGCUCAAGUCCCGUUUCUCACGACCGCGCGGUCGCUCCUCGGCCGGCGAGAAUGCUGAAGAUCGCGGCUUCGUUGGCGGCGUGGCGCUCACGAGACUCGCCAACGAAAGCGCCACGAGCCUAGAUGGGCGUUCGGCCAGCAUGAGGGAGGUUGCUAUCGCCGGCAAGACCAGAGUUGAGGUGUCCAACUCAUCGGCGGGCUACGAGGACAGCGGGCAUAAGGCUCGCAACUCACGGGAUGUGAGCCCCGUCAGUUCAGAUAGCGAGUCUGAGCAUUUCGUCGAGGCAAGGGAUGACCUCGAAGGACCUGUUUCGCCGCCGGUGCCCAUCAGGGACCCGGGUCUACACAAAAGCAGCAGCCCAACAAGGGACUCACGGUUCCGGGAGAUUAUCGAAUAG